AUGCCGAUAUCGGACGGAAACAAAUAUUGUUUGACCUGCAUCGACCGAUUCACGCGCUGGCCGGAGGCGUUUUCCAUGGAGAACCAGGAGGCAGAAACAGUUGCGAGGACGUUCUACCACGGCUGGAUAAGCAGAUUCGGCGUGCCGUUGAGGAUAACAACCAACCAGGGACGGCAAUUCGAGGCGCACCUCUUCAAGGAGUUGAGCGGAUUGCUAGGAUCUAACCACCUGAGGACGACUGCCUAUCACCCCCAGGCCAACGGCAUGGUAGAACGAUGGCACCGCCAAUUAAAAGCAUCGAUCAAGUGCCAUCAGAAGGACCGGUGGACGGAUGUGCUGCCGACAGUUCUGAUGGGCAUAAGAGCGGCGUGGAAGGACGAUCUGCAGGCAACGACGGCCGAGCUGGUGUAUGGAGAGGCGCUCAGACUGCCAGGACAAUUCUUAAAUAAGCAGUCCGGCGAGGAGAGAGACGCCAGCAAUUUCGUCAAGGAGUUGCGACGUCAUUUCGAGGAGGUCCGGCCGGUCGAAAUCACGCAGCACGGAGAACGACGCCCGUUUGUAUUUAAGCAGCUGGGAACCACGGAGAGUGUGUUUGUUCGGCACGACGGGCCGAAAACACAAUUGCAAAUGCCGUACGAUGGGCCCUACACGGUGGUUCGACGAGGAGAGAAAACCUUUGUCGUGCGUAUGCACGGGAAAGAGCAAACGAUAUCCAUCGAUCGUUUAAAACCAGCAUAUUUGAUUACAGAGAAACAGAAUGACGAAGCGUCGCCGACGGCAAGGACUCCUGGAGACAGAGAGACGAGACUGGACCCGGAGCAGCCAAAUGAGGCGCAACCAGCGAGUGAAGGACGAGACACACGAACAAGAAGCGGUCGAAGGGUCCAAUUCCCGGAUCGAUAUACAAUGUAA